GAUAUGUAGCACCUAGUCAUUUUCGGGUUUAUCGUCACUUGUGCGGUUAUAUCAAAAUCGAAUCGAUUGAUGUUGGGUGCAAUUCGCCUGUCAAGAUCUUUUGUUUUCCGUGGUGGGCCUUCCUGUUGCAGAACAACCGCUCUUCGUCUCCCGCAAUAUCCCGCUUUUGCACUCGCUGUCAGAACAAAACGACAAAUGUCUACAACCAUUGGGCCCUAUUCCCAAGCUAUCAAAGCUGGCGAAUUCGUCUUUGUCUCGGGUUGUAUCCCCCUCGUACCUUCCACGAUGCAGAUAGUCGAAGGUGGUAUUGAAGAGCAGACCAAGCAGGCCCUCACAAAUCUCAAAGCUGUUCUUGAAGCUAGCUCUAGUUCAGUUGGCAAGGUCGUCAAGACUACGGUAUUCCUUAAAAACAUGGAGGACUUUGCCACGGUCAACAAAAUUUACGAGGAGUUCUUUAGCGGUUCGGAACACAAGCCGGCACGUUCAGCUGUUGAAGUUGCUCGACUUCCGAAAGAUGUUUUGUUUGAGAUUGAGUGCAUAGCAGUUAGAAACAGAAACAAAACCGGCCACUUCCAUGUUGCCCAGCGUUGACAAUCCGUGCGCGAGAGCCGAGAUUGGGGGAAGGAGGGGGGGAAACAUAGUCUUCGUCGCGUAUCAGGUCAUCAUCAUCGCCGGGAGCACCUGCUGUGGCGUACCGCAGUUUACCCGGCGCGAGAGGAACAUCGACGAUAGCCGGCGAUGCAUGAUCUGUCUGAAGGGGGCGCCACGUUGGUAGUCGAUGUAGGCUGGAUUUGAGGGUUGCGGAAGUAUUGAUAGCGGAAGAUUGG